AGUACCCUUUCGAUCGAGGUCAGGUCUACAGCAGUAGCUAUCCUCUGCAACUGUCCUUGCAUACUUCUCUUUGUAAUCUAGAUACUCUGCACAAUUAGCUGCAAGGACAGGUGGUCUUCAACUUCUUGCAGACUUCCUCCCGCAACUUCAGCAUUUCUGCUAGUAAAUAUAUGAGUUCAGCAAGAGUUCAGCAUUCGUUGCACUAGAAUCUGCCCAGCUAUUAUUCUUGCUAUCCUCCGUCUUCUAGUUCUCAUUACUCUUUUUUGCGCAAAGUAGGCUCCUCUGUCAAUAUCUUUAAUUCCCUCAAUUCCUCGUUUCAUGACAUGGGAGCGAAUAUUUCAUGUUCCACGGAAAGAUAUCGACCAAGAGAUGAGCUCAAAACCUUCACUUCUGUUUGUGAAGAAUAUGGCAGUUUCUGCAUCCUGCCGUGCUCACUUUGUAUCUUCUCAUGUCUCGUGCAGGAAGAAACACGGAGUAGUGAUCUCCAGUUAGGCACUCUGUUGACCUUCGAACUCUAAAUUUGGAAAGUGUUAGGGAGCUAAGACUAGUUACAAGUGAAUGCAGGAUCGAUGAAACAUAACUAACCGCGUGUCGCCGCGUGAUUUUAGUUCAAAAAUCACCUUGCAAAUUUUCUGAAUUUGCCUUGUUUCAAAUUACGUCUCUUUACGAGAGGAGAUUUGAAGUAAGUGCACGCGGCGACUUGCAGUUCGUGAUGCCAAUCGUUCUUGUAUGCGUUUGUGUCUAGGCUAAGCUCUCUAAUGUUUUCCACUCCAAACAUCACCUUUCAGUACACCUCGGAAGAAAUCAAGGGACCGUCACAAAGUAUACUUUCAUCUGGGCCUGUUUCUACGUUUGUCUGUCUUCAUCGCUACGUGGUAGACCUCUCAAUACUCACAAAAGUGUAAGGACCCUCCACCUCGGAACUCUCGGAACUUUCUGAACCGUCGUUAACUUUAAUCCUUUUUUUUGGUUUUGUCGUUCAAGUUCACUUCUCAGUGUUAUCUGCGCAGGCCGGGAGGAACAGGAGCCAGAGUACCGUCAGAAUAAUCUGGUUGUCUGGAGUGUCCUCAAGUCGACAGAGUUAGUGUUUGUUUUGAUGAAGAAUGUUUAGUAUGUUGGUAGUGAGUAGGGAGAUAGAAUGGAUCGUAUUCUGAUAGCUCUUGCAGAUGAUGUUACGUUUCAAUACUCUUCCUACUGAAGGAGAAC